UAAAGCGUAGAAAAUUCGCGCGAAUCGCUCGAGGCACGCUAGCGUAACGCGCACGCGUACACGGCGGCUGGCCGUCACGCGUCACGCGACGUUGAGACAUGUGACCCGUUUAAAGUUUCACCGUGCGUGCAAUUACCGUGCGAGCGCCGCCGCGCCGCGCUCGCGGAUUCCUGUCGCGCAGUCGAUUCGAGUCGGUUCUCGGAGCCUCCCACUACGUUGCAUCUACGAAUCCGUAGGUUAUGUCGCCGUGUUUAUACUCGCUGUGAUCCCGCGAGAUCGAAGUAUUCGGACACGCGGCGCUUCGUGUCCGCGCGCGCUUACGAUCUGUCAUCCCAGUCAUCGCGGCGAGCCUGACAGAGGAUCGCAUGGGCAAAAUAUGAGAAGGAUCACGUCGGAACGUCAACUGGGACAUCGGCUGGAAAAUCGGCAGUCGUGCUACUGCGUCGUGUCCGCGAGCUAAUUCGAUAACGGCCCAAGGACAGCUGUGUUAUGAGUGUUGGUUUAUCCAUGUACGAUGGCUUGGAGAGUGGCUUGGAGAGCGAGAGUCCUCCUGGUAAUGGCUUGGACAGCACUACGGGUGCUACAAAAAAACUGGCUAGAGGUAUCUCCCGCGCAACUGAAAAUGCAGCGAUUGUUUCCUAUGCUCGUUUACAAUUGGCAGCCUUAGGAACACUCGAUACACCAGAAUUCACAUUUUCAUUGCCAGACUUGUCUGUGUAUCCAGAUUCAUUUCGUAAAUUCUUGGAGAAGGAUCUGAUAGAGAAUGGAUGCCUGAGUUCUUUAGAAGCUGCAGGUCGAUUAAACUGGUGGUACAAAAGUGGAAGCACUAGAAUUCUUUGGCCACUAGCAACAUCUGGAGAUGGCAACUGUCUACUUCACGCUGCGUCAUUGGGAAUGUGGGGCUUUCAUGAUAGAUUACUUACUCUGCGAGAGGCAUUACACAAUACUUUGACCAAAGGAGAAUACAGACAUGCACUUUUCAGACGAUGGAAGUGGAGACAAAUGAGCCUGAAUGAAGCGGCUGGAUUAUCGUACACAGAAGCGGAAUGGUUAUCAGAAUGGCAAAGUAUAGUGGAUAUGGCAUCUCCUACAAUCAGAAAUCAGACUGCUACCUCUUAUCAGAGUCUUGAAGAAAUACACGUGUUAACCUUGGCUCAUAUCUUAAGAAGGCCUAUAAUAAUUAUAGCAGAAACUAUGUUGAAGGACGCGGAUGGAGUAGCUUUAGCACCAAUCCCAUUCGGUGGAGUGUAUUUACCCCUGGAAGUGCCGCCUUCGCAUUGUCAUAGAACACCCUUACUUUUGGCAUAUCAUUCUGCUCAUUUCUCCCCGCUUGUAACUGUAGAUGGCUGCAAUGAUUAUGGCAGCGCUUGUGGUGAAGGCGUUAGUAUACCAUUAGUAGAUCCAGACACGGGCAAACUGUUAUCAGUCUUAUUUGCCGUGGAUCCUGGCCCUGAUUGGGAUUGGGUUGAUGGUUCACGAGAAUUGUUAAUUUGUACGCAGGAUACCAUGGAGGCUUUGUUGCGACAGUAUUUAGAUUGCGAGUAUCAAAGUUUCACGUCCGAAGAUAUCGACAGGCUUUCUGAUUCGGAUGGUUCUUUAUCGAAAACCGCGAAGCAAUUGUUAGAGGUCGCGAAACAAUUCGGUUCUAUCGGUAAAUCUGUCAGUAAAAAAAUAUGGUCUAUGACGAACAAAAGGCCAAAGAGCCCGCCUUCCACGAGCGGUGGAAUUUCGACAGAAGGCUUGUUGUGUGUGAGAAUAAAGAGUAGACGUCAUCAGUACGUGGAUCAAAUGCUUCAAAAUUAUCUUCAGUGUGCCCAUGCAAGAUAUCUACAAGAUCAUCAGGUGGAUGACACAGGUAGUGAACUAAAUUACGGUGCCGGCAAGUCCAAAUUUUACGCUGCCAGUGAUCGCGAUAGUCAUGCGAGCGUUAACAAACUAUUACCUACUAACACAAACAAAAAUCAUACGCUUUAUCUUUCGAGAUCUACAUUUUUUAUUGAUAAAACUCCAUCAAGUAAUACGGGACCAGAGACUUGGAAUAAUAGUGACCAUUUAAAGGGCACCGUGAAGGAGUGCCGCAGUGAACACUGCCAAUUCUUUGGAUCGCCAGAAAACCAAUAUUAUUGCUCGCAGUGCUGGGCUCAUCAACAGUCUCGUUAAACAACCGUCCAUAAUCGUACAUGACAAUAAUCUCAGAUUAAUAUCGUUCAAAAUAAGCUAUUAAAUAAUUUUUAGACAUAAUGCUAGCCGUAAGAUAAAGCUUAUGAAUGUCCCACCAACAUAUCGACGAUAAUAUUAUGUUGUUUUCAGUUUUGUUUCUUCUCAUGUUUUCUUGUAUUUAUUAACAUUUUCUAUCGGAAAGCUGCAUAUCGUAUGCACAGGAUUCAAUUAAUCGACAUACUGACUCAUUAUGAAGCGUGUUUAUUGCAGCACAUAUUUUCGUUUCAAAUUUAAAAAAUUGUGUAUUUUUAUUCGAAUAACAAAGUUAUUUUGCAAUUUCGAUGUGCCUUCUGUUCUAUAUACGCGGAACAAAAAAUGAUGAUUAUGAUAAAAACGUUCACUCACAACUACCUCUACAAUUCGAUUAUAAUGGUCAGUAGUUAUCACUCCGCGGUUUUUUUAUAUUGAUAAAAAAUGAUAUGGAAACGUUUAUAAUCUCAUUAUCCUGUGCAUGUACAGCUGUGUAAAGAAUAAACCAUAUUUUUAUACAUAUCGCCUCAUUAUUUACCGAUGUGCGGAAUAUAAUAGUAGUUAAGAAGAUACACAAAAAGCCAGUUUUUGCCAUAAUAAAAUGUAUUUACACAUAUUUCCUCACAUUAGCCUAUCAUCAUGUGAAAAAGGUAAUUAAUAGUAAAUGAUUAACAUUACCUGACAUUAUUACCCAUAUUCACUAAAUUAUCGACAAAGCAUAUGUGAUAAUAUUAC